AUGUCGUGGUGGCUCGGGUGGGCCAACGCGGUAGCGCAACCACGUGAUCACACCGGCAGGGAGGUGUACGGCACCGACACGGGCUGGAUGGUGGAAUGUGGGAUGACCAAUUUCAUUGGGGUUCAAGAAAAAGAGCUGCGUCGCUUCAACCUUCUCCAGUUGGCCGAGCAUUUAUGGAGCAUAUUUCAACGACAAGAAAUCAAGGCAUGCGACGAAUUGGUCACCCUUUUGGUGGCGAAGCGGCGCUGGUCGAACUACGUCGACGACCUGACGACGUGGCGAGCAAAUGUGCUGAAGGCAGAGACGUUGCCUCAUGUCACCGAGGUUGCCGGGAUUUGGUAUGUGUCGGGUUCGCACUUCGACGAUAUGGCGGAUGCAGCGCAUCGGAUUCAAGAUUCCAUGUGCCGGAAUCUGUCAGAAAAUGCAGUGGCGAGUACCCCACACACGUACCGCCUAUUUAUGGCUAAUUUGUCAACAUCGGUCGAUGGCCUCCGUCAAUCUGGCUACUCUGGAGGCCUUAAGCCAUUCACGAUGCCCCAGUACACUUCCCCGUCAGAGCUAAUUGACGUGGCUGAGGAAACGCGUCAGGCCGCAGCUAAUGCUGUUCGAGGACUUGCUCCCCCCAAAAAAUCGUCGGAAAAAAGCAAGUCAUGCGCGAACAAGUUAGUUUUGUCGUACCGAACUGGCCAUCCUCGGAAGCGCAAACGUGCGGUCUCGGCUCCAAGUAGUGCGACCCAAGAAGCAAGGCCACAUUCUGAGAGUUCAGUCUCGUCGUGCGGCCGUUUGCAGAGAGCUAAGCAGUUUGACAACUUUGUCGUGUAA